AAAUCUUCAAUAUUUUUAAAGAUAAUAUCACAGUUCAUUUUGGAGGAAAUGCCAAAAGCUGAAUAUUCCAGUUUAUUCAAUGAUUUUGUCGAAUCUGAGUUUUUUCUCAUUGAUGGAGAUUCAUUCCUUAGCACAUGCCUAUGUGAGAAAUCAUUAACCCCUGGGCAGAAUCUCCAUUUCUUCUAUCUGGUUGAACGCUAUCUUGUGGAUCUUAUGAAUAAAGGAGGACAUUUUGCGAUCAUUUUCUUCAAGGAUGCUGAGUACGCUUAUAUCGAUUUUCCUGAACUUCUUCCUUUGAGAAGUGCUUUAAUUCUUCAUCUUCAACAUAAUACUACCAUUGAUGUUCGAACUGAAUUUUCAGGAUGCUUAUCUCAGGAGUGGAAACGUUUUUUGCAAGAGAGUUGCCCAUAUUUCCUGAUAGUUUCAGACGAAGGCCUGAGUGAUGUGCAGACAUAUCUUUUCAAGUUUUUGAUCAUACAUUCUUGGGCAAUGAAGGUCAAUGUUGUACUUACUUCUGGACAAUCACGGGAUAUUCUCCGACUUUAUGCAUACCUUAUGCCAAGCAAGAAUAGAAACCAGAUAUUUUUCAAGAAGCAUGAAGGUAUCAUUGAUGAUGUUUACAAAACUCUAAUGGAAAGAUUAAAAAAGAAAAGAGCUACAGCAUUAGCAUCUCUUUUCACAGAUUUUACUUGGACAAAUAUGAUGGAAAAGGCAUGUAAGAAUAUUUCUCUGCUUAUGCAACUCUGGCCAGAAGGAUCUGAUAUCCGGCGUGUUCUUUGUGUUUCUUCAUGCUCACUGACUUUGAGUAUGUACCAUCGUUUUUUGGAAAACAGAAAGAAGACUGCCUCAGGCCAGGUAACUAACCUACAAUGGAAACACUGUGUCUUGGCAGAUAACAACAUUCCUUCAAUCAUAGGUAGAAAAUUGCAAUCUGUGGACAGCAAUUGCUUAGUCCUGCAGGAGGUGGAAGAUUUGUGUAGAAUGCAUUGCCUCAGUGUGGCUUUUCUACUCCACUUACCUCUUUCUCAAAGAGCUUGUGCUAGAUUCAUUACUUCCCAUUGGAUUAAGGACACUCGUACUUUCUUUAAAAUGAAAAAGUGGUGUGAGAAUUUUAUACUAAGUAAUAUAAACAUUUUUAAGAAUUUGAAUUUAACUUACCUUUCUGACUUAAGUGAUGAGCCUUUGCUGAAGAAUAUUGCUUUUUACUAUGAAAAUGAACAUGUUCAAGGACUACAUUUGAAUUUGGGAGAUGUCAUUGCACAGGAUUAUGAAUAUCUCUGGAAUACUGUGUCAAACUUGGUCAAAGAGUUUGAAGUUGGAAAGCCACUUCCUCUGCGAACAACAAAACUUCAUUUCCUCAGAAAGAAUCCUUUACCUAUUAAAGGAAGUUCCAUGGAAAAGAUGCUUAAUUUGUGUUUAAUCCCUGUAUCAUGUAAGCUUGUUGAUGAAUUUGUUGGAGAUAUUAUGAAAGAUUUGCCUUUUCUGAAGAGCGAUGAUCCUAUUGUUACUUCACUGAUUAAACAAAAGGAAUUUGAUGAACUUGUGCAUUGGCAUUCCCACAAACCACUCAGAGAUGACUACGACAAUGCAAGGUGUUCCUCUCAUGAAAAAUCUAGAGAUCCUUAUUAUCUUAAAUCCCUACAAAAGUUUCAUGUUUUUCAACGAUUUUAUGGGAAUUCAUUAGAAUCGAUACCUUCAAAAGUCAUUGUAACUCAAGACAUCAAGCCAAAGAAGGAUUUCAGUGUGGCCAAAAGCAAUAUGGCAAAGGAAAGCAAAGCUGAAAUAAUCACUAGAGAGAACAAGAAGAGGUUAUUCAUGAAGGAAGAACAUAAAGAAGAACAAAAAUGGAAUUCUCUGUCAUUUUCAAUUGAACAGGAAAUGAAACAGAAUUUCAAUUCUGGUAUAAAGAACCUAGAAGACUUUCUGAAGUCAUGUAAAAGUAAUUCAGUGAAAUUUCAGGUUGAAAUGGUAGGUCUAACUGCCUGUUUGAAAGCAUGGAAAGAACAUUGCCAAGGCGAAGGUAAAGCUUCAAAAGAUUUAAGUAUUGCUGUUCAAAUGAUGAAAAGGAUCCAUUCAUUGAUGGAUAAAUACCAAGAACUUCUGAAAGAGGCAGAUCAUCAAUUCAUAGGCAGAUGCCUUAAGUACUUAGGAUUUGAUGAGUUGGCAAGUUCUUUACAUCCAACACAGAUUUCAGGAGAGGAGAUAAAGGAAAAGAAAAAGAAUAAAUAUUCCAUUGACAUUGGACCUGCUCGCUUUCAACUACAAUUCAUGGGCCAUUAUUUGAUAAGAGAUGAGAGAAAAGAUACAGAUCCCAGAGUCCAGAAUUUUAUUCCUGACACAUGGCAGAGAGAGCUCCUUGAUGUUGUGGAUAAUAAUGAUUCCGCAGUGAUUGUUGCUCCAACGUCCUCAGGCAAAACCUAUGCUUCUUACUACUGCAUGGAGAAAGUACUGAAGGAGAGUGAUGAAGGGGUGGUUGUGUAUGUUGCACCAACUAAGGCCCUUGUUAAUCAAGUGGCAGCAACUGUUGAGAAUCGUUUUGUGAAAAAUCUUCCAAGUGGUAAAGCUCUAUGUGGUGUUUUUACAAGAGAAUAUCGCCAUGAUGCGCUAAACUGUCAGGUACUUAUUACAGUGCCUGCCUGCCUUGAAAUUCUGUUGCUUGCUCCUCAUCAGCAAAAAUGGGCAAGAAGGAUUAGAUACGUUAUAUUUGACGAGAUUCAUUGUCUUGGUGGAGAAAUUGGAGCAGAAGUCUGGGAACACCUCCUUGUCAUGAUCCGAUGUCCCUUUUUAGCUCUUUCAGCUACAAUAAGUAACCCUAAACAUCUUACUGAGUGGUUACAAUCUGUAAAACUAUACUGGAAGAAAAUGGACAAUAUGAUUGAAAAAAAUAAUGCUUCUUCUAAUAGAAAGAUUGCCUCUCAUGCUAGUUUUUUCAAAAGUUACUUGCAAGGAAAGCAAUCAUAUAAAGUUCGACUUGUACUCUAUGGAGAGAGAUACAAUGAUUUAGAGAAGCAUAUAUGUUCAUUGAAAGAUAAUGAUGUUUAUUUUGAUCAUUUUCACCCAUGUGCUGCGCUAACAGCAGAUCAUAUUGACAAGUAUGGAUUCCCUUCCGAUCUUACCCUUUCACCUCGAGAAAGCAUCCAGCUUUAUGACACCAUGGUUCAAGUCUGGAAAACUUGGCCUAAAGCCCAGGAAUUAUGUCCUGAGAAAUUCAUUGAUUUCAAGAACAAAAUAGUCAUUAAAAAGUUGGAUGCUAGAAAAUAUGAAGAGAGCUUAAAGUCAGAAUUAAAAAACUGGAUUGAAAAUGACCAUAUAAAGGAGGCUGAAAUGGUACUAAAGAAGCUUAGUCCUAGAACAACUGGUAGUUCAGAAAACAUGGCACAAAUGUUUCCACUUCUUGUUGAAAAGCUAAGAAAAUUGGGGAAGUUGCCUGCUCUGUGUUUUAUAUUCAAUAUAAAACAUGUAGAAAAAUGGGCUAUAAGAGUAAAAGAUUUUCUGGAGGAAAAGCAAAAAAGUAAAAAACCUCCCAAAGCUGAGAAAGAAGCUCAUGUCAUGGCUAACAAGCUUCGAAAACUUGAAAAAGCCAUAGAGAAACAAAGGACAAUAGAUGGAAAAAGUCAGAAAAAUCCCAGAAAAAUGGACCAAAGCCUAAUACAAGAAGCUGAAUAUAAGAAUAUAUGCAAGAGCCUAGAGAAGAACCUAAGAAUCCCUCAGGACUGCACAUAUGCUGAUGAAAAAGCAAUAGACACUAAGACUUUGCAGGACAUUUUUGAUCGAGUAAGAUUCCAAAUAAAAGGUGAAGAAAUGAAGACUUUGGCAUGUAGGGGCAUUGGAUAUCAUCACAGCUGUUUGAGUGCCAAAGAAAAACAAUUAGUUGAAGUUCUCUUUAGAAAAGGAUUUAUUAGGGUGGUGACAGCUACAGGGACACUUGCUUUAGGAAUCAAUAUGCCUUGUAAAUCUGUGGUGUUUGCUGAAAACUCAGUCUAUCUGGAUGCUUUAAACUACAGACAGAUGUCUGGACGUGCUGGAAGACGAGGUCAAGACCUUCUUGGAGAUGUGUAUUUCUUUGAUAUUCCACUGCCCAAAAUAGAAAAACUCAUAAAAUCCAAUGUUCCUGAGCUGAGAGGACAGUUCCCUGUCAGCAUAACCCUGAUACUGAGACUCAUGCUCCUAGCCUCCAAAGGAGAUGACCCAGAGGAUGCUCAAGCAAAGGUGCUGUCUGUGCUAAAACAUUCACUGCUAUCCUUCAAGCAACCCAGAGCCAUGGACAUGUUAAAACUUUACUUCCUGUUUUCAUUGCAGUUGCUGGUAAAAGAGGGCUAUUUAGAUCAAGAAGGUAAUCCAAUGGGAUUUGCUGGACUUGUGUCACAUUUGUAUUAUCAUGAACCUUCAAAUCUUGUUUUUGUCCAUUUUUUUGAGAGAGGCCUUUUUCAUAAUCUCUGCCAGCCAACCAGUAAAGGCUCAAAACACUUUUCUCAAGAUGUAAUGGAAAAGCUAAUGUUAGUGUUAGCAAAUCUGUUUGGAAGAAGAUAUAUGCCAGCAAAGUUCUACGAUGAUAAUUUAAAGUUUCAUCAAUCAAAGGUAUUCCUUGAUGAGCUCCCUGAGGAUUUUAAUGCUUCUUUACAUGAGUAUAACAUGAACGUGACAAAGGACUUUGCUUCUUUCCUGCUAAUUGUUUCCAAAAUGACUGAUAUGAAGCAGGAAUAUCAACUCCCAUUGUCAAAUAUCAAAUUUACAGGUAAAGAAUGUGAAGACUCCCAGCUUGUGGCUCACUUAAUGAACUGCAAAGAAGGGAGAAAAGCUGUUUCACCAUUCGUUUGUCUUUCUGGAAACACAGAUGUCGAUUUGCUUCAACCCCAGAUGGUUAAUCAGGUAGUUUUGCACUCAAUUCGUAUCAAUAGCAAUCAGGCUCCUCUGCUGUGGUCAAAAAUUUUUGAUAACAAAGGAAGAAUAAUGCCACUUAAUGCAUAUGCACUUGAUUUCUAUAAGCAUGGUUCUUUGGAAGGAUUAGCCCAGGACAACAGGUUACACAAAGGUGAAGCCUAUUUGUUAUUGAAAGAUUUUGCACUCACAAUUCGAGCUAUCAGUGUUUCCUUGCGUGAGCUAUGUGAAAAGGAGGAUGACAACGUGGUCUUAGCAUUUGAACAACUGAGUGAAACCUUUGACCAAAAAUUUAGUAAAAUCUAA